AUGGCCCAGGUGUUUUCGGGCAGCGUUGACCGGGGACAGAGGGCGGCGGGCGACGACGAUGCGGAGCUAGAGAGGGGAUGGCGGGAGUCGCGAGCGACGUUUCCGAGCAGAAUAAUGGGCGCGACAACGACACGUCGAAACCUCGUCGUCGAGAGUCGUCGGGCAAAAGAGGGCGAGGAGGGAAGUUUUGGCCCGGAGGAGAGAGUCUGGGAGUCGGGUAGGGUAGAAGGGGAAAAAGCGAGGCAGCGGCAAGCAAGCAUCAACAACACACACACACACAGCAGCAGCAGGAGCAGCACAUUUCGCCAGCGCCGCGGCGGCAACCAGGCGCUGACAAUACAGGACGGGAUGGAUAACCCGGGCCAAGGUAGCAGCAGUGAGCAGGGUUGGCGCCGGUCAGGUGGUCUGGUAGGGCCAGCAGCGACGAGGAUGGAUGAGGAUUGUGAGAGGGUACCCAGGGACGGAGGGGAAGGGCAGGGCAGGGCAAGUCGCAUCGCAUCCAUCGCAUCAGACCUGAGGGAGCUGCUUGCGCUGGCGGCUGGCGGCUGGCGGCUGGCUGGAGACGUCGGGUGA